CUUCUCAAUAUGAGGAUGAAGAUGCAAACAAGUAAACAUACACAGUAGUAGGUGAGUCUAGAGUGUAUAUAUACAAUGCUUCAGUGAUACUACUUUUCAUACCAACACAAACCCACAAAACACAUACCAAUUCAUUUUCCAACAAGAUCAAGAUGGGUUCAACCAGUGAUGCAUCUGUGAAUGUCCCCCACGACGACGAAUCUUUCCUAUUCGCCAUGCAAUUAGCAUCUGCAUCCGUCUUACCAAUGGUCGUGAAAACCGCCAUCGAGCUUGAUUUACUCGAGACCAUUGCUAAAGCCGGCCCCGGAGCUUCACUCUCGUCUUCCGAUUUAGCUUCUCAGCUUCCCAACGUGAACAACCCAGAAGCUCCGGCGAUGCUUGACAGGAUCUGCAGUCUCCUCGCUAGCCAUUCCGUGCUCACUUGUACCCUCAAGGAUUCCGGAGACGGUGGUGUCGAGCGGUUCUACGGUUUAGCCCCUGUGUGCAAGUUCUUGAUCAAGAACGAAGGUGGUGUUUCUUUGGCGCCCCUCUUGCUGAUGAACCAGGAUAAGAUUCUGAUGGAGAGCUGGUACCAUUUGAAAGAUGCGGUGUUGGAUGGUGGAAUUCCGUUCAAUAAAGCGUAUGGUAUGUCGGCUUUUGAGUACCAUGGUAAAGAUCAGAGAUUCAAUAAGGUUUUCAACAGUGGAAUGUUUAAUCAUUCCACCAUGACCAUGGAAAAGAUUGUAGAUUUGUACGAUGGUUUCAGUGGUCUGAAAACCCUAGUUGAUGUUGGCGGUGGCAUCGGUGCGAGUCUUAACAAGAUCAUCUCCAAACACACUUCGCUCAAGGGUAUCAAUUUUGACUUGCCUCAUGUUAUUGAAGACGCUACAACUUAUCCAGGUAUUGAGCAUGUUGGAGGCGAUAUGUUUCAAAGUGUGCCGAAAGGAGAUGCCAUUUUUAUGAAGUGGAUACUUCAUGAUUGGAGUGAUGCACACUGCUUGAAAAUUUUGAAGAAUUGCUAUGAAGCACUUCCGGAUAAUGGGAAAGUUAUUGUGGCUGAAUGUAUGCUUCCAGAAGCUCCUGACUCGACUGCAGCGACCCAAAAUGUUGUGCACAUUGAUGUCAUCAUGUUGGCUCACAACCCUGGAGGCAAAGAGAGGACUGAGAAAGAUUUUGAGGCUUUAGCUAAAGGAGCAGGUUUCAAAGGGUUUCGCAAGGCUGCUUGUGCUCUCAAUACCUGGGUUAUGGAAUUUUCCAAGUAGUUAAACAAGUCUUUGUUUGACGCUUAAGUGUAAUUUUAUUUUUUACUUGAAUUUUUUUAUAAGAAGCAAUAAUUACGAAUA